UAUCGAAGGUCACUAUUGAGGUUAGGUUACCAUCAGUUGCAAUCUGGUUAUUCAAUCACGUAUGUGUCGUACAUAACGUGCUUUACAAUUUCGCGUUAAAGUCACUGGGAAGUUUCGCGCUGAGGCGUUUUUUGUGAUCAGUGAUCCCGACUGCAAAUGACAGGCCAUCUCAACGGAGUGCUGCUGUAAAGAAAACAUGGCGACAGCGAAGACGGUACUGCCCGAGGAGAGUGAACUAACCGUUCCGGAGUUGAAUGUCAGCUGGCCGGUGCUACAAACCGCGUCCGUUUACAUCGGCAAGAACUGUGAAUGGUAUAACAAUGAAUUUAUGUUAUGCAGACAAGAAGAGCGCGACCCACGUCGUUGUAUCAAUGAAGGAAAAGCCGUGACGUCUUGUGCACUGGAUGUUCUUAAAAAGAUGAAGAAACAUUGCUUAGACGAUUUUAAUGCUUACAUGUACUGCCUUGAGAGAUCAUCAGGGACAUUGGAAUUUACUCCAUGUCGAAAAACACAAGCUGCCUUGGACAAUUGUGUUCGUCAGAAUUUGAACAUAGAACGUCCACCCUUUGGAUAUUUUUGCGAGGCUAAAGUGCAUAACACAUCAAGGCCACGGCCAGAAGAAAAGUCUACAACAUUUCCAGAUCCAGUUCCUGGACUUCCACCCGAUGUACCACGUGAGAAAGCAAAAUACUUCAAUCGCUUUUGGUUUAAAUCUUAAAUUUCUCAACAGACACUGCUAUAGUACUUUGGUCGUGCUGUAAAAAUUAUGUUUUCGAGAUUCAAGAUAUAUCAGAUAUCUAGACUAUUAUAGGGAAACAAGUGUAAUUAUAAAUGUUC